UGGUGGCUUCGAAGGGCUUGCAGGAGGGGGUUGUGCCUUCUUUGGACAUCGGUCCACCUGGGUCCGCCCCGUGCAUUGGGACAAACUUAUAGCGGCAGCUCGAAUCCCAGCGCACACUCGCACGCACACACUUACACUGUCGCACGCUCCUGGCAAGACAAGAUCGCUGAUUGGAGAAGGAAGAUCAACCCGCUGACACUCGCUGUCCCUCCACGUCACAAGAUGGGCAACAAGGUUGGCACAGUUCAGGCGAGCCAGCUGGUGCUCUACUGGUUUCCCAUGAGCGCGCCGUGCCGAGCCGUGCUCAUGCUGUGCCGCGAGCUGGGCCUCAGCACGGAGCUGCGGGUCGUCGACCUCAUGAAGGGCGAGCAGCUCAAGGACGACUUCCAGCUCAUCAACCCCAUGCACACCGUGCCGGCCCUCGACGACGGCGGCCUGCGACUCUGGGAGAGCCGCGCCAUCCUGCAGUACCUGGUGAACAAGUACGCCACCAAAAAGGCAGAUGCCCUCUACCCGCGGGAGGCAGCUGCCCGCGCCCGCGUGGACCUCAUGCUCAACAUCAGCCUGAGCACAGUGAACAAGGCCAUCGGGGAGUAUAUGUACCCUCAGCUGUUCCAGAAGAAGCCAGCUGACCCAGAGAAGGAGACCAAGGUGAAGGAGGCGCUGCAGUUCCUCGAAAAAACCUUGCAGGCAAACAAUUACCUGACUGGAAACCACAUGACCAUCGCAGACCUGUGCAUGGUGACAGACGUGAGCAUGCUGGAGCCCGUCGCCUACAAUCUGGCAUCGUACCCGUCACUCGUCGCGUGGAUCGGGCGCAUGAAGCAACUGACGUACUACGGAGAGUGCAACCAGGGCCUGGAGGACUUCAAGAAGUCCAUGCAGUAGCUGAGCGUCGGCCAAACGUGGAGCGCGGCCGGCCGGCCGGCCACCGAGGUCCGGGUCUGGGCUCGAGAGGCGACCACCUUCCCCCUCCGUUUUAGGGUUCUACGAUUGUUGUUCACCGGCCGGGUUGGUACAGGCAAUGGGUUUGGUUGUAACGGAGAGAAAAAAAAAUCCCAAAAUGUUGAGAAUUGGAUUGAAUGCGACGCAAAAUGUACAACGCGACUUCGUUUGCCACGCACGUUUUGUGAUUCAAUGCGAAGGGCAUUGAAUUUCGUGCUGCGGUUCAGACUCGGUGGGGAUGGAUAUGCUAAACAAUUUUAAACUUUUUAUUUUACCAGGUAAGGCCCACUGAGCUACACAGCUCUUUCUCAGAAGCGACCUGGCCACAAAUCAGAGCUCAACGAAGUGGCUAUUCACGUUGAAAUGUAUAGCAG